AUGGCAUGUUCUUUUCGAUACAAGGUACUCGCGAUCGCUAUCUUAACAACUGCAAUCGUAUUGCAAUUUUCAGUUUGGAGAUUGCUGAGGCAAGUGACACCAUCUGGGAUGGGUGUACAUAAACGAAAGACAGAGGUAAAUCUAACCUGUGACAGAGGAUUCAAUCUGAAAGGAUAUUCAAAAGAAAACCGGAAUGAAGAUCUCAUCAUCUACACCGAAGUACCCAAAUGUGCAAGUACAACGUUCAUGCAGAUUUUGUCAAAUGCUUGCGAUUCUUCUAAAAAGUAUUCAACGCAUUAUACAAAGCCUCUGGUGAUACAGAAUCUACUAAAGGUAACCGACUUGUCAAGAAGGCAGAAAUUUGUUAAAACACAAGUUCUACCAUUCACAAAGAAGCCAUACAUCUUUAGGGGACAUUUAGGAUUCUUUGAUUUUAAUGAGCUAGGAUACAAGCAGCCUUUAUUCAUAGACUUGGUUCGAGAUCCCGUCGAAAGGUGGAUAUCUUUGUACUACUACCAGACGUCAAAUUCGGCCCUAAGGAAGCGACUGAAACUUUCACCUGACGAGAUUAAACAAACUCUUGGCUACUGCCUUCAGUUUUGGAUACGACAGACUAAUUGCGAGGGCAGAGACGUGAAGGAAACCGCAGCGUGUUUAAACACAAGGCCAUUUUCUGGAUGCAAAGGGGCACAUAUAAAACCAAUAUACCCAGAGUGGUUUUCUGGUAAAUAUAUGGACAUCAAUACUUCCAUGGUGUCUAUUGAAAGAGCUAAAACCAAUAUCGAGAAAUAUUAUACAUUCAUUGGAAUAACCGAGCAUUUCAAAGAAACAUUGGUUGCCAUGGAAACUAUUUUACCUCGGUUUAAAAAUGAACUGUCUGUGGCAUACAAACAAAAAAAGGAAAAGAGAGAAAAUGUUGGGCGCAAUAAAGUUCGACCAAACAACGCAAGUAUUGCUGUGAUGAAGGAAGUGUUAGCAGAUGAUUAUGACCUCUAUAAGUUCAUACUCCAACGAUUUUACAUUCAUAUGACGUGUCUGGGCGUUCACGUUGGCCAGUAAUAACACCCCAGUCACAUUACCUACGGCGACCGCACGGUCUAUCAUUUCUGCGGUCAGUAACAUAUAUACGCUCGCCGCAGAAUUUCUGCGGUCUGGUACUUUUGCAGUCACAAUUCCUACGGCAGCCACACGGCGAAUUUUAAAUUUCUAUUGAUAAACGUUAAUAUUUAUUUCUACUUUUAAUUCAGUAUAAUUUAUAAGUAAUAUUUAUAAGGCUAGGAUAUAAUAUCAAAUAAGA